ACCGGUACUCGGGUGUGACGUCAUAGUCAGACCUCACUCAGCCGAAUAGUCACCUAGAGCAGACAGCGCUUAGUACUGCAGCUGAGGACACCAUGGCCUCUCUCCGUGUCUUCCUGGCGGCGUCUCUCAUCUGCCUCGCUCGAUCUCAGCUCAACAGCCAGAACGAAAGAGUGACGGAGAUCUGUCUUGGAUGCAUCUGCGAAGCGAUGUCCGGCUGUAACCUGACCAGAGGAUGUGCUGAGGAUGACUGUGGAAUGUUCAGAAUCACCAGACUAUACUGGGUAGAUGCUGGACAGCCAACACUGCAGCUGGAUGACCCAAAGACUGAUGGAGCUUACCAACGGUGCACUUUGGACCCUGUUUGUGCAGCAAGGACUGUUAGAGGGUACAUGAACAAAUUCAUUGACAAGGAUUGCAAUGGUGACGGCACUGUGGACUGUAUGGACUAUGCUGCUAGCCACUUCUUGAGCGGCUACUCCUGCUCCGCUCCUUUGGACAACGACUACGCCAAGACCAUGAGAAGUUGCCUCGCCCAGGUUGCCGGCUUGGCCAUCAACAAGUCAUAGUCAAGUCACCUUUCCAUGUCUUCUAGUUAUCACUAUAAAUACAUUUUUAAAAGGAAA